UCCUUUAUCUCCGUCGUCGCAGUAAUCUUUCGCUUCCUUAAGAUCCGUUUGAACUGAAUGAAGUGAAAUUCAGAUAUGUAGGUUUUCUUACCAGUCAGUAUUCAUGGCUGAAGAAAGAUUGCGUUUUUCUGGGCUCUGCAACUCUUUUAUAACGCUCUUCAUCUUUCCCUAACUCCGAUUUUAGGGCAUUUUCUACUGGGUGUUCUAGCAUAAACAAGGGUUUGUUCUUCUGUGAAUCAAAGACCAAAUUUUGCCAAAUUUAAAAGAUUUACUCUACUGUAAUCUGGAAUUUAUCUGGUGACUGUGUGCGUAUGAUUUCUCAUUUUUCAUGAUAUAACUAUUAUGAUUGGUAGAGAAUAGAAGGUUUUGUUUGUGAAGAUGGCGACGAGGGUAACGCGGUCUGGAAGGCAGCCUUCUAAAGAGAACUCAGACCAACAAUUGAAGGCUAGAUGGACGACAACUCUCACAAAGAUACUUGUGGAUUUAAUGGUUGAGCAGGUUCGUUUUGGUAAUAAGCAAAAGGACACCUUUAACAGGAAAGGUUGGAAAUUUAUAAACGAUGACUUUCAAAAGAGAUCCGGUUUGAAAUGGUCUCUAGAUCAGCUCAAAACUCAGUACGACGUCUUGAAGAGGCAACACAGUAUAAUGAAGACUCUUCUAGAGCAAAUGAAUUUUGCCUUCGACGAAUCUAGGGGCACGAUCAGGGCCAGCGAUGAAGAUUGGGAAAUAUUUAUCAAGGCGAAUCCGGAAGCUGAGACUUUGAGGACAAACGGGUGCCCAGUUUACAAGGAGUUAUGCACGAUAUUUUCGCAGACGAAUAAUACAAACAAAGAUUACGAUUUGAUAGUGAAGGAAGAGAUUGUUUGCCCUGAACCUCUGUGUAUGAUUCACGAGCCAUCUUCGGAAUCAGAAAAACAGGAUUAUGGGAUUAACAGUAAAAAGAGAGUGCGGAGAGGAGUUAACCAAGCUAUAUCAGAGGCUAUAUCGGAGAUGGCGGCUGCUUCUAGGCACAAGACUACGGCGAUUGAGCAAAUCAACAACAGAUUCUCCAUAACCGAUUGUGUUAAGGCGUUGGAUGAGGUUAAAGGCAUUGAAGAACGGUUAUAUUAUGCAGCAUUGGAUCUGUUUCACAAACCUAUUGCCAGGGAGACCUUCUUAUUUCUUCGGGCCGAUAAGCGGUUGGCUUGGCUAUCUAGAAAGUGUUCUAAUCGCUCUAUAUAACGGCCGCUAUUUACUGCACAAACUUGUACAGUUUUGCCCUGCGGAAUCAUUGGUGCGUGUUUGUUGCGUAUGUAUGUUUGUGUUUUAUGAUAUAAGGGAAAAUGUUCCAUUUUAUAAUUAUGUUCCCUACUUUCUUGGAUUUGGAAGAACUUUGUUUUGAGUUUAUCAGAAGCUAGAGAAGAAUAUUUUUAUAAAUUUCAAAUGCCAGCUGCACAUUAAAAUUUACUUAAGAGAAAAUAUUGUUUAUUAUUUGAGGUA